GGCGGCGAUGAGCUCACGGCAGCCCCACUCCCUGCCAGCCUCUGACUCACGCUCCCCAUUACCGAAUUUUUUCCGCCUCACAGCUGCCUGGUGCAGAGAGAGUGGGGGGCGGGGGGAGCAAGUGUGUGUGCGUGUGUGUGUGUGUGUGUGUGUGUGUGUGUGUGGUGGUCCCCUCCCUCAGCCAAGACUGGACCCCUAGUCCUUCGGCCCGCCCCCACCCCCAGCUCCCUGGAGUUCAACCACAGCUCCCACAGACAGGGGAUCAAAGAGUUUGCAUUGAACUCCAUCGGGGGGACCGACAGGGGUUUCUGUCUCCUUUUCCAAUCAGGAAGUCCUUCCUGGUGUCUGGCUGCAAGCCUACUUGCUGCUGAACCAUGAGCCCCAGAUGUACCGGGUCCCCAAGCCCAGCUGCUAGUUUGAAUCCACUCCCAGUCCGCUCCCUCCUGGUCUCCCCGUGUUCCCUGCUGGACAAGAGAGGAGCAGAUGGGUGGGUGCUGGUGCGUGCCCCCUCCCCCCCAUCAGGUCCCUUUCCUGAGCAUCUCUAAGCACAGCGGGGCGCCUGGCCUGGAGUCUCUGGCUCCCAGUGGGAGUUUGCAGUAGGACACCCUCGCCCCCCCCCCGCCACCCCCCUCCUCGCCAGGCCUCAGCUGCCGGCCAGCCCCCUCCCUCCCCCCACUCCUGUCCCCUGCUGCCGCUGCAGCCUCGGCAGGCAGCCUCUCUUCCUUCUGGCAAAGCGUCCAGCCCCUGCCUGCUCCUCCCCGGUCCAGGGCGCCUCUGGCAGGCGCUCCCCUCGCUCCCGCCCUCCCUCUCUCCUUCCCUCCCUCCGGUGGCCGCAGCCUCCUCCCCUCUCCAGCCUGCGUCCCCUUUCACCCCGUCCCUGCCUUGGAGUCUGCAAACAUGAGGGUCUUGGCCUGCCUUAUCGCAGCUCUGAUGGGGAUCCAGGCUGUUGAGAGGCUGCGUCUGGCCGAUGGCCCCCACGGCUGUGCCGGCCGCCUGGAGGUGUGGCACGGCGGGCGCUGGGGGACCGUGUGCGACGACGGCUGGGACCUGCGGGACGCCGCCGUGGCCUGCCGCGAGCUGGGCUGCGGGGGCGCGCUGGCCGCCCCCGGAGGCGCCUUCUUUGGGGAGGGCGCGGGGCCCGUGUGGCUGAGCGAGCUGGCCUGCCGGGGCAGUGAGGGCCAGCUGGGGCUCUGCCCCCAUCGCGGCUGGAAGGCCCACAUUUGCUCCCAUGAGGAGGACGCGGGCGUAGUCUGCGCAGGUCAGCGUGUGGCCAACUCCAGGGACGGGGACGAUCCACCUUCGAUCCUGGAGGGGGACCCCUGGCCGGGGCUGUCUGGGGAGCUGAGCCCUGGCUCGGAGGAGCCUCCAGGGACACACGCACCCCGCCCGGCUGGGACCCCACAGAACAGCUCCAGGAAGAAGGGUCCCCGGCCACCCAAGCAGGCCAAAUCCACCAGGGCCCCUCAGCUGACGGCUGGAGCCCCCCGACACGGUAAGCGGCUCCGUCUGGCCGACGGCCCCCACGGUUGUGCCGGCCGCCUGGAGGUGUGGCACGGUGGGCGCUGGGGGACCGUGUGUGACGACGCCUGGGACCUGCGGGACGCCUCCGUGGCCUGCCGCGAGCUGGGCUGUGGCGGGGCGCUGGCCGCCCCCGGAGGCGCCUUCUUUGGGGAGGGGGCUGGCCCCAUCCUCCUGGAUGACCUUCGGUGUCGGGGUAACGAGACAGCCUUGCGAUUGUGCCCAGCACGGCCCUGGGGCCAGCACGACUGUCACCACCGGGAGGACGCCGGGGCCGUUUGUGACGGGAUGCCUCUUGGAUAUGUCCCUCCCACGGCUCCGGCGGCGGCGGACGGCAACUACUCUGCGUCCCGCGACUCGGUGUCCGGGCCCCCGCCCCCCACGGCGAGCCAGGCCUCGCGGACCGCAGGCGCCUCCCCUCCGCCUGCCUCCCCCACUGCCCCGCGGGAGCCUGGACCCGAAGCCGGCUCCCCCCAGCUGCGCCUGGUGGCAGGGCCCAGCAGGUGUUCGGGCCGGCUGGAGGUGUGGCACGCAGGGCGCUGGGGGACGGUGUGUGACGACAGCUGGGACCUACGGGACGCUGCGGUGGUCUGCCGCGAGCUGGGCUGUGGCGGAGCUCGGCAGCCGGACCCUGCCGCUGGCCGCUUUGGCUGGGGGGCCGGCCCCAUCUGGCUGGACGACGUGGGGUGCUUGGGGACCGAGGCUUCGCUCUCCGACUGCCCCGCUGCACCCUGGGGGAAGCACAACUGUGCUCACAAUGAAGAUGUUGGAGUCACCUGCACUGAGACCCCUGGCCUGGACUCUAUCUCAGACCCCUUCAGUUGGAGCUGGAUCCCUGGCCUGGGUAGAGAUCCGGAUGCCUGGCUCCCCGGGGAGCUGGCCACCAAGCCCUCUGCGAGGCUGACCCCCAGCGUUCCUGAGAAAACCACCACCAAGGCCCCAGGGAAAAUGCCCAAGAGUACUAAGAAGUGGGUGACCAAAAACGCAAAGCGACCGACCACUCAGCCCCCCGUGAUGCCAACCACUAAACAUUCCAGGGUCCUGGGCACCCAGAGGCCCUUUGAACUGACCUCACGGACCACCACAACCCUGACCACUGAGGCCUCCCACAGACCAGUUUCAGAGUCUACUGCAAAGCUGACCACUGGGGUCCCCCACGGGAUGACCUCACAUACCACUGCAACACGGACUCCCCGGGCCCCCCGAGAACGGACCUCUAAGGCCGUGGCAACGUCAACCACUCAAGGCCCCCGAGAGGUGACCUCUGAGGCCACCGCAACGCGAAUCCCUCUGACCCCCAAGGAGUCAUCAGCUGAGAUCCCAGCACAGGGUUCUCCAGAGUCACCCAAAGACCCAGCCCCCUCCCCCACUGGGAGCACCACUCGGGGAUCAGGCCCGUUCCGCGUGCGUCUGGCUGAUGGGCCCAACCGGUGUGCUGGCCGGCUGGAAGUGUGGCAUGCUGGGCGCUGGGGGACAGUGUGCGAUGACAGCUGGGACCUGCGGGACAGUACCGUGGCCUGCUGGGAGCUGGGCUGUGGAAGGGUCCGGCCCCGAGUGGGCAAAACCCACUACGGCCCCGGGACGGGCCCCAUCUGGCUGGAUGACGUGGGCUGCAAGGGAAUCGAGGCCUCGCUGAGUGACUGCCCUGCUGGGGCAUGGGGCCAGCACAACUGUGACCACGAGGAAGACGUGGGGCUCACCUGCACUGGCUACGCCGACGAGGAUGAUUAUCCCCCCUGGACCUGGGAUCCCACCUCGGGAGAGGACCUGGCCAAGGGGACCACCGCCGCAGGGGUGCCUGGACACAUGCUCUCCUGGGGCACCACCAAAACCCCAGGGGGACCCUCCCCAGCAACAAGGCGUCUUCCACACACAGGUGACAAGGAUGGUUAUGAGUCUUUUCGGACAUGGGAUACACCUUCAGGAGGGGCUCUGCCCAAGGGGACACCCACCACUCUUACCACUGGCACCACCCGGGACCCAGACCAUCCCUCUCCAGCUCCAAGGAUCCGUGGAGACACAGGAUCCGAGAGAGAACUGUGGCCCCAGCGUAGGCUGCUGCGCCCCACAUCGUCCCGGACGGUGCCCCCUGCCCCUUCCCCAGAUCCCUCCGCUUCGUCAGAGCCCCCGGGCUCACCGGUGACCUCCGUGACCUCCAACCCUGUGCCAUGGUUCAUUCCGGAGGCAGCUUCAACGCGGAAGGUGACCUCUGACCCUCCUGACACUUUGCCACCCAGCCCGGACCUGGCCUCCUGGACGAGCUCUGACCUCACCUUGACAACCCCUGGCCUCACUUUGUCUACUCCUGACGCCACUGUGAUUGCAGCAUCGCAGUCUGAUCUCUCACCUACCCCACCACCCACCUUGCCCAAAGAGCUGACCUCUGACCCCUCUGCACCAGAGGUGGUGACCCACCUUUUUUCUACCUCAGAGUUGACUACAGAAUCUGUCACAAGCCCAAACUUGGACACAGCUCCAUACCCUAACUCAGUUCCAGAUCAUUCCAGAUCCCCAGACCCCUCCACAAGCCCCUACCCCACUACCACCCCUCACUCUGCCUUGACCUCUCACCCCUCUACCUCCACUACCUCUCAACCCACUACCACCUUUCCCCCAACUACAACACCUCACUCCACCGCCACGCCUCACUCCACCACAACCUCUCACCCCACCACAACCCCUCACCCUACCACCACCCCUCAACCUGUUACACCCCCUCAACCCACCACACCCCCUCAACCCACCACACCCCCUCAACCCACCACACCCCUUUACCUUACCACAACCCCUCACCCCACCACAACCCUUCACCCUACCACAACCCCAUACCCCACCACGACCCCUCAGUCCACCACACCCCCUCAUUCUACCACUGCUCAACCCACUACAACCCCCCACCCUAUCACAACCAGUUACCCUGCCACGACCCCUGACUCCACCAUGACCCCUCAUUCUACCACCUCUACUCAUCCCACCAUGACUGCUGACCCUACCUCAACCCCUGUGGUUACUGUCAAAUCCAUUCUAACUUCCUUGGGAACAGAGUUCUCUCCCACUCCAGUGCCAGCAGUCAAGCCCAGCCUGCACCCCUGGUUGACCUCCAUGGGAGCCGCUCAUCUCUCUCAGAUGUCCAGCCUAGCGCCUUUUCCAGCCUCAGAGUCCAGCCACCCCAGGUCUUCUCCAGGCCCAAGCAUGGACACACUGUCCACUGAGGAUUUCCAACCACCAAGAAGCCAGAGCCCCAAACCAACUCCACCACCCACCCAGACCCCACACUCAGCCUCUGACCCCACAGGGACCUCUGACCUCCAUUUGUCUUCCAUGGUCCACCCCUUGGAUCAACCUCCUCCUGACCAUUUCACCCUAAGGCCAACCCCUGGGCAGGACCCAGACCCCGUUGGCCCAUGUGUGACUCCAGCACCACCUGUAAAGGUCAUGGCCUGUGAGCCGCCUGCCCUGGUAGAGCUAGUGGCUGCUGUGAGGGAUGUGAGUGGCCAGCUGCAGAGGCUGACCCAGGUCCUGAAGCAGGACCAGCAGCAGCGCCGAGCUCUGGAACUGGGGCUGACUCAGCUGGUGGAGGCCACCCGGGGUCUGGGGCAGCUGGGUGAGGUUGUAAAGAGACUGGCCGAGAGAGCCUGGCCCCCCAGCACACCUGCACCAACCACCACCACCCCAGAGGAGGAAGAAAGGCCUCUGAGGGGAGAUGUGUGACCCUAUAUGGGAUUUGAGGGGCUUAAAAUGCUCCCAAUCAAAAAAUGAAAACCAAAGUAUCCAAUUAAAAACAAGAUAUCAAUGACA